AUGCGCUUUUCUUUAUUCAUUUUCUUCUGCUUCGCUCCUUUGAUCCACAGUGCCGCCGUGCCCGAAUCUGAACAGGUUCUGUUGGGCGGUCAGGUUAAAGAAGAAGACAGCAGCUCAGGUCGCAGGACUUGCAGACUUUACUGUAGGGUCGGCAUUGGUUUUCAUCUGCAGAUUCACCCCGAUGGGAGAGUUAACGGCAGUCAUGAGCCCAAUCAGUUGAGUGUUUUGGAGCUCUUUGCGUUGUCUCAAGGGAUUAUAGGAAUUCGAGGAGUUUUUACAAACAGAUUUUUAGCAAUGAAUAAAAGGGGACGGCUUCAUUCAAUUGAAAAAUUUACAGAUGAUUGCAAGUUCAGGGAACGAUUUCAAGAAAACAGCUACAACACGUACGCCUCUGUGAUACACAAAAACCACAGGACUGGAAGGGAAUGGUUUGUGGCCUUGAACAAAAGGGGCAAGGCCAAAAUGGGGUCCAGUCCCCGGGUGAAGUCCCAGCAUGUAUCAACGCAUUUCCUGCCCAGGUUCUCAUCCCGUGAACAAAAUGAGCCUGGGUUUACCAUCACUGAGAAAAAAACUACAGAGAAAAAAAAGCCACCACCACCACCAAAGCCUCCAACACCAAAGGUUAACCUGAAUUCAGGACAAAAGCGUGUUCAAACAAUAAAAUAUUGGCCCAAGUUUAGAUUCGGAUAGGUUCUGUCUGGGAUUUUUGUCUCUAUAAAAUGAUUCCAAGCACCUGCCUUUAAGACAGAGGCUAAGGUUGGGCUGACUUUAACAUGCGUUUACUUAGCUCAACUCUAAGCAAAGAUGCCUUCUAAUAAAAGAAGCAU